GUCGUCUUACGCAGGAUGAUGCGGAACAGGAAGACCAGGCCUUAGAACAAAUCCUAGAGGAACACACACACACACCACCAUCUCAUCUCUGUACUAAACACAGCUGGAACGAAUGUACACACAGUUAUAUAAAAGCAGUCACAGGGCUUUAAAGGGCCAAUCAGUGGUAUUUAUGACUGCUCGCACAAGAAGAAGGGUGAAAUUACUUCAUAGGCUUUAAAUGAGCAGUUUAUUCCACGUAGUUUCCCUUGCCGUGGUGGCCACUGUGUUUAGAUCUUGUGAGGACUAACCAGAGGCAAAGCUGCAACAGAAGAUGAUUUUUUUUUUUUUUUUUGCAUCUAAAAUGGGUCCUUUUCCAGAUAUACCAAAUAUCUUCCAAAUUUUGGUGAUAUCAACAAGUAUCAAAGCGUUAAAAAAAGUGUUUUCAGUGCUAUCAAUCAAUAAGUACUGAGUACUGUGUAGAUAUGUAAAAUAAUAAUGAAAUAAAUGUAGCUAAAGAUGUAUUCGUAGCAAUAUUCGAGUAUAAGAAGUCUCACCCUUGCUUCUGUAAAUAAUCUCACCUGCAUACUACAAAUGGGUAACCUGCCUAAUAUUGUGUAGCUCCCCCUUGUGCCACCAAAACAGCUCUGAUCCAUCGAGGCAUGGACUCCACAAGACCUCUGAAGGUGUGCUGUCGUAUCUGGCACCAAGACGUUUGCAGCAGAUCCUUUAAGUCCUGUAAGUUGUGAGGUGGGGCCUCCAUGGAUCAGACUUGUUUGUCCAGAACAUCUUACAGACACUCCGUCAGAUUGAGAUCUGUGGAAUUUGGAGGUCGAGUCAACACCUUGAACUCUUUGUCAUGUUCCUCAAACCGUUCCUGAACAAUUUUUGCAGUGUGUCCGGGAGCAUUAUCCUGCUGAAAGAGGUCACUGAUAUUAUCGUUAUCAUGAAGGAGUGUACUCAGUCUGCAAUAAUGUUUAGGUAGGUGGUACGUGUCAAAGUAACAUCCACAUGAACGCCAGAACCCAAAGUUUCCCCAGCAGAACAUUGCCCAGAGCAUCACACUGCCACCCCUGGCUUCCCUUCUUCCCAUAGUGCAUCCUGGUGCCGUCUCUUCCACAGGUAAGCUGCUGCUGGUUCACUGUUUGUCCUUGGAUCACUUUUAGUAGGCACUAACCACUGCAUACGGUGAACACCCCACAAGACCUUCCGUUUGGAAGACGCUCUGACCCAGUCGUCUAGCCAUCACAAUAUGAACCUUCUCAGAGUCGCUCGGAUCCUUAUGCUUUCCCAUUUUUCCUGCUUCCAACAUGUCAACUUUGAGAACUGACUUCACUUGCUGGCUAAUAAAUAUAUCCCGCCACUGUAACGAGAUAAUCAACAAUAUUCACUUCCCCUGUCACUGGUUUUAAUGUUAUGGCUGAUCGGAGUAUCUGUGCCAGGAUUCUUAUUCACAACCUGCUCUUUGUCUUUGGUUCCAUUCAAGGAUUGUUCCCCAUGUGGUCUCAGGAUGUUUUCCCUCCCCAGUUUCACCUCUGGCGUGCUCAUUAACAAACCAAAUAGAAAUCUACAUCUGGAUGUUUGUAAAGCUGCUUUGUGAUCAUAUCUACAGUAAUUAUAAAAGCGCUAUACAAAUAAAAUUUAAUUAAUGUGUUCAAUAAAUAGCUUUGUUUUACUCAGCUAACUCCGGUAUCACUAUUCAGGUAACAGGCGUUAAUAAGGUGUUGUAGUAACAAUCUACGGCCACUAGGUCAUGCUCUUAGCCACAACAGGGAUUCAAUCCUGGUCCUGUUUAAAUGUUAUUAUAAUCAAAUCAAAUAAAAAAGGAGACAAAAAGAUACGUAAAAUAUUAAUUUGUAAAAACGAAGACUUAUAAAGACCUAUAUUAUUCUAUAUAGAUGGAGAAAAGAAAUUGUUUCAUUUAAGUGUAUGUGUUUUUGGUGUUGGGCUUUUGGGGCGCCAGUGAAACAUCCAGUCCACCAGGUGGCGGUAGAACUCCUUUAAACAGCUUCAAAUCGAGGAAGAAGACAGCUGCGCUGGCUCUGAGCCGCCAUCUUGGAGAAAGGAACAGGCGGUCUAUUCAAAACGGAAGAACCUCUGUUGUGGAUUAGUUCCUGGCGUGGAUUAAAACAAAGACUACAUUCAAACAUUAAAUUAUAUACUUAUUUUAAAAUGAUGUGUUUAACCUAAUCAGUAGUCAGUAUUCAGCUACGGCGAAUUAUUUUUGAUGCGAUAUGCUAGUUUACUGACAACCGGAAAUAGAUAAACUAUUGUUGAUACGGUGGCGGAGGUUCUUGGGUUGCCAGAUAAUGUUCCGUAUCUAGUGCAAAUUUGUGUCAGCGCUUGUUGACUUAACUUUUUUUCGCGCGUUAGAUUAAUAAUUUCAUUGCUAAAAAGGUAAAUGUAGCAUAUAAUGGUAAUAUAUUUUGAAUGUUAAUUAAAAUGUAACGUUACGUUUUAGUGUCGAUAUUGCAGUUUAAUAUAUGAGUUGACAAUGAGUUUGUCUUGCUUAUCUGGUAACCCAGGUAGCUACGCAAGUUAUUUAACUGUCAAACCCAGCUUGGAUAGGCGGUGCGUUCAAAAGACACGUUGCCAUGGAUUUUCAGCAAACGCAACCGUCAGGUAUUUCCUACUGUCAGGUAUAUCUUAUACACCAGCCCUUUAAUGUAGGUUCACACCAGUCGGAGAGCCACGGAGAGAUGAUUUGCUAAACUAAACAACCCGAUUCCAGCGGAUUAGCCACAGUUCAAGAUAAACUAGAUUGCGAGUCACACAGUUGAGUGAUUACAAUUACAAUUAAAGCUUUUUAAAAUUGCAAUUAAAGUGAUUACAAUUAAAGCUCAUCAGAAUAAAUAUUGGAGGAUGAAACGAAAAAGUACCAAGGUGAGUCGACUGAGUCCUAAUGAGGAGGAGCAACUGAUCCGAGAAGAAGUGCAGAGAAGAAGAAAACUGAGAUUACAGCAAGUACGGGAACAAGAGCGCUACAUUGCGCUGCAGGUACGGCGUGAAGUGCAGGAGAGGAGAGAGAGAGAGCUGCAGAGUCUCGCCACGACGCUCCGGGAUGAGUGGCAAAAGCAGAGAGGAGAGAGAAUACAAACCCUGGAGAAACUCUACAAGGAAAACCUCCAAGAUGUGGGUCAGGGUCACCGCAAUGCCAAACAAAAUGAGCCGAAUCGGGAAGCUCUGGCUCUGAAAAAGGAGCAGAACGACACACGGGCAGCAGAGAGGCAUCAGAAGGCUCUCCAAAACCUCAUCACCCAAAGACAGGUUGAAGCGGAGCAGCGGAAUCGACACGUCGACGCACGGAAGAAGGCUCUGAUGGUGGAGAAGGAGAGGGCAGCAAAAAUCGCCAGCCUUCCUCACUCAGCCCCUGACCCCAUAGAGAGUGUUGCGAUUCAGACUCCACUACAACCCAAAGUGUCCAAAGUGGAACAUUACUCCGUCACACACCACCACAUCCCAGAGACCGCGGUGGACAGAGAAUCGGAUACCGUCCAGCCGGAUGCUCAGGAGGCAGCAGCGUUGGAGGCUCGGCGGCUGGAGGAGCUGGAGAAAGAUGAAGUCCGUGAUCGGCAGGAACAACUUGAGCGGGCGCGACUCCGAGGAGACCAUGCUCUUCGUAAGGAAAAAGGCAUACAGAACAACGCGAGGUUGCUGUGCGAGUUGGAGCGGCUGCAGCAGGCCGAGAUGCAGCGGCGCAGGCACGUGGUGAACAGCAUGCCAGCGCAGAUCUUCCAACCGCUCUACAGACGUGAUGACACGAGAGCCGAGCAGCAGAGAGACCUGGAAAUCGCCUUUCAGGACUUGUGCACUGAGGAUAAAGAGAUCAGAGACGACUUGGGACUUCAGUCGGUGUCCGAGCCUCUUCCUCCUCCUGUUCCGUCUUCUAAAACUGACAGCGGACAUGAAUGUGACCUGGACCUGGAUGUGACCCUUGAACCCAAGGAGACACCAUGUGAGAAGGAUGAUGAUGACGCUUCUCAAAGCCAGUCUAUGAGGUCCUCAGUGCCUGCAGAGGGUACGGGUAGGAUGGCUCUGAGGAGGCUGCUGGGUCGCAUCAGGACUCAGAGGGACGAGUGGAGCAGGAGGGAGCCUGCAGUAGGGCAAGGAAGGGUCGGAGUGGAGAACACCAUCAGUGAACAUGGAUCACCGAGCAAUGUGGAAUGGCAGCAAGCUUCUAGUCUGGAAGAAGGCACAGUUGACACAUCAGUGGCAGAAAAUAAUUCCAAGGUGAGUGAAGACUCCAUUGUGUCUGGACCCGUGCUGCAGCCCGAUGACCAGAACAUAGAAAUGGACAGGAGCGCGAGGGAAGAGGAGCUGAAGAGGCAGCAGCAGGAACAGUUUGCCCUGCUACAGGAGCUGGAGGAGAAACGGCGGAGUCUGGAGCUUCAGCUAGAGGAGGCACAGCUGUGUAGGCAGAGGCUACAGGAUGCUCUGCAAGUGCCUUCUGGGAUGUGUAGUUUACAGGAAAUGCCAACACCACCUCCACCACCACAGGAAAUGGUUUCCAAACCUUCACCUGAGGUGAAGGCGUCGGCCGCUCUAUCAGACAGUAUGCACAUACAGAGACUCCGAGAGUAUCAGCAAAGACUCCUGAAGCAGAACCGACUGCAUAAGAAGACUAUCGAUGACGCUUGUCUGAGUCUUGAGGAAUACAAGCAAGCGUUGAAGAUGCGCUAUGCUCCUGUUUCCAUGGCAGCAGGACAAUCACAACCACCACCACGUUCAGCUAAUGAGGAAACCGUUUGCUCUUUUCCUUCUUUGCCUCACGGGACACUCUCGACUGCAAUCACACACCUUUCAGACAAAGACGCUGGCUCUCCCAUCCCUCGUGAGACGCCAGCGGCGAAUAAAAAACAAAGCCACAACGUCGUCGUCCGUCCAGACCCAACACUGCUCUUUCAGCCUCCUCUACCUGGUCCCAGCCCCACCCGAACCACACACCCAGACACCCAUGCACAACCUGUCUCCGCACCCAUCAGUAUCUCUCACUCACGCCUAGAGGAUGGCUUGGCUUCGAUUCCACAACCAGCAGCCAGCUCCUCAUUAGACAAGAGGUUUUCAGAUGGAACAUCAGAGCGUCAAGAAGUUCCUCUACUGCCCCCUGCCGUGUUCCUGGAGUAUCUGCGAAGCAGGCGUUCUCCGGCACCGCCCGCACACCUCACUCCGAUCUCUCAGCAGGCCUCAACAGAUCGUGGUGUUGUGCUGCAGGAAGAGGUUGAGAACCGUGAGCCAUGUUGGGAUUCAGAAAUGGAGAAAAAUCAGCAGGUCAGAGAUCGGAUACGAAAACACAGAGAUGCCCUGCAUGCGCUACUUAGAGAACAGCAUGCGAAGUCAGUCUCACUGGGAAUGCAGGACUUCAGUGCUGUUAUGGACGCUCAUGUGACGGAUUAUAAGAAGAGUAAUGAACUCCUGCCGGUCUCUACAACACCGAGUCAGAGCCACGCCCACACCCAACAAACUGCGGUGUUUGAGUCCAGUGCAAGUCCUGUAUCUGCAGAACAUCCUCGGUUCGAGUCAGCGAGCGGUGGCGUACGAGUGAAUCCGCCGGUCUCUUGCCCGCCGCGGACGCUCCAGAUCCUCCUGCAGGAUUUUGAACAGCACAAACUCAGCACCAUUGAGGAAGUGGACACUCCAGUUAAUGUUACCAUGCAGGAUACAGCCGCCGAGGUGUGUGUGGAGAGCUCGUCAGCUGAGUGCUCCGAUUACUCCACCUCCGGCAGUCUCUCUUUGACCCCAGCCGCCGUGAGCUCUGAGAGCAGUCAGGGACCGAGCUUAGGCUCAGAGGUCAUGAGGUCAGAGGACAGCACACGCGGACCCAGCAAACUGUCAUGGAGAGACAUGCUACAGCUGGAAUCGGCAGCUUCACGUGCAGGUACAGACUCUACAGGGCAGCAGCAGGUCGAGGAGCUGGAGCUGGUCUUACCAAAUGAUGGAGCCUCCGCUGUGCCAGAUUUUCUCUCUUCCACCACCCUCUCAACAGGCAGCUACUUCUCUAGUGAACAUGAUCCCAAUUUCAACAUUGCAGAUUCUUCUUUGUACAGUAAUGAAUUUCCUGCAAGGCCUGGAGCCUCUCUCGCCUGCUGUGGUGGUAGUUUGUUCGAGACAAAAGACUCCUCGCGUUGCAGUAACAGUCUACAGCACAUCAUCAACAAAUACACUAAAGAGCUGGACAAAUCCCUCAGAUCAGUUUACACAGGAGGCAGCGUCUCUGAAGUAACUGCUCCGGAAAACUGGAACGCAAUUUUAAGUUUCUGUGCAGAGCAGAACACUGAUCCUGGAACACUCGCAGCACCACAACUACCAACGCUCCCGCUACAGUGCAACCUGCAGGACAGCAAUUCCCUUAAUACCACUAUGCAGGAUACCUUUCAGUCUCUUUCUCCUGAGAUCACAAACAACGACAUGACGGAAUGUUCCACAACUCUCCGACUUCCAUUAAAUCCACCUGUGGAGGACUCCAACACUAACACAGACACAACUGCCUCUGAUUGGCUUGACUGUGGAUUUCCACAGCACGGCUCCAGUACAGAUGGCCAAUCAUCAUCUGCGUCUGCAGGCGUUCCCCAGUGGGAAUGGACACUGGGGAACGAUAGCGAAUUAAGGAAUCUAGAAGCAUCUGUCUCACACGAAGAAGUGUCCAGGCUGCAGAACCAUGGCGAGGUGACGAUUAGCACUCUUCCACAAAAAAGCUUUGACGAGACAGAGAUGUCCCGAUCUACUGAUAGGUCAUGCAGUCAGUUGGGGGAAGUGGAGCACAGGAGGGAGCUGCACAGCUGCCAAGACGCUUCUGCAAAGAACCGAGAAAAAGCAAAAGAGUUCAGAAUGAAAACCUUGGAGAAACUAAGGGCUAAACAAAUAAUCCGUAAUCCUGUCUAAUCUGUUUGCUAAACAUUUUAAACACAUCUUUGGUGUUUUGCUAACUAUGUAUUUUAAUUUAUAUAUUAAAAGAUUCUACUUUCCAAAAUUGUGUACUGUCUGUCAAACUCGUUCAUUCGUCAUUCAUCCGUGGAUCCAGAGCCUGUCCCGGGAACUCUGAGGCAGGAACACACUCUGGAUGUGAUGUCAGUCCAUCUCGGAGCAGCACACACACACACACACACACACACACACACACACACACACACACACACACUCACACCUUCAGGUAGUGAAUAGACACAUGGUGCCCAUCUGUAAAAUGAAUUAUAUUAGAUAUUAUAUAGUGAUAUAUUUAUAUUUGCUGUUCUCCUUGAGAGCAAGCCUCACAAGGCCGUGCCGGUUUCAGUUAGGCUUCCAUUUAGGUUCUCAGGAUAUCUGUUACAGAAUAAUGGAGAUAACAUUUCAAGUUCGUGAGCUUCUCUUGACUCCCGAUUGGAAAUGAGUAUUUAAAAAGCAUCUUAGUUUGUCACUGAAAAGUCCCUUAACUCCAGAAUGAUCCCAGUGGUGUUGUAUUAUCUAUUUUAAGCUUCUGUUUCUAAUGUUUUAAGUAGAAGAGCAGUACAAUAGGCUAGUAGCUCCCACGCAGGCCAAUCAUUAUUUUUAGAUAAGGAAUGGAAGAGAAUUAAUGCUGAAGUAUAAUUAGCUCUAUACCUUGAUGCCACCCGCAUGCAUUUGACUCACUACUGUUUAAGCCCAAUGGGUUGUUUUUUUUCUAAGCUAGCUGUCUCUCCUUAACAAACUGCUCCAUCUUGGCACCCUGUGAUUUCUCAAUUACUUUCCAAGACACUUUAAAUCCAAGAUUUCGGCAAAGUUAUUACCCAACAUAUGUAGGUUGGAAUAAGUAAGCAUUAUAUUUAAGUCUUAUUCCCAGAAGCAUCUGCUUAGUGCCAUGGAUUGUGGCUAUGUUUCUGUUCCGGCGCUGGAGCUUGGUCUGAGUGCAUUAUUUGUCACUUUUGAUCAUGAUAUCUUAAUGGAAAGACCUCCCUGGUUGAGAUAUUACUUGACCGACCAUUACCUAUUUGUUAGCACCAAAUGAAAAUUCCUGAGAGACUAGAAAGUGCUAUAUGGUGCCACACGGAUCUGUUUAGGCUCCCCCAGCCGCU